CUUUAAUAAGAUAGAUCGCUUUGGUAUCAUUCAAAAGCUCUGAUGCUAAAUUAUAGCAAAAAUAAAAUAUAAUUAAAAGCGAAAAAUCGUUAAACUGUAAGUAAGUUUACUCAAUAGAUCCAUUGAUCCAUGGCUUCCAUGAAAGCUAAUAUUAAGUGGUGUACAAUAAGGUAGUACCUCAGCCCAGAACUAUUCAAAACCUACAUAAAAGAUCUUCCACUAGCAUCAUCAACUGAAACUUAUUUAUUUGCAGAUAAAAUUACCCUGAUAGCUUACUGCAUGUGGUCACAUCCAUCUUUGACUAACAUGUUUACAAUAAAUGAAGAUUCAAAGCUUAUGGUUAAAAACCCAAAAUUAGACAAGGAAAUAAAGGCUUCCAUGUUAUAGGAGCCAAAAUAUUAAAUAAAGUCAACUCCUAAUAUAUCCGCUUUGCUAUGUGAUGUGCAUAUACUACUCAAACAGUGGAAGAGGUACAUACAAAGCAGUGGUAGAGGAUUUACAAAUCAGCCAUUUAGUCAAGCUCAAAAUUGGAAGGUUCCAUUCAAAAAUUGAAAGUUCUUGGUUUAAAUUCUGAUGAUUAUACCAUUAAAAGUUUUACUAACUUUUACAAGCUUGUUGAUAAUAAAAUUUUACCCCAAUAUGAAGACUUUGAAGGUGUAACAGAGCUAUCUACUUGUAUAACAAUGUGUGGAUGCAAGGGAAGUAGUUUGGCUGCUUUUGAAAAUGAGACAAAAAGUUGUUUUUGUGGUGAAGGCACAAUUAAAAAAUGUGAUAGUGAUUAUUGCAUUUCAGUUUAUGAUUCCUCUGGUUAUAAUGUUUCAUUUUCCAAAAGACCUCCCUCAAAAGUAAAAAUAAAUACACCAUUUGAAACUACUGUUUCUUCUUUAAGUAAUAUGAAAGUGAUUGGUUUACUAGUAAAUAAUAGGCUUGCAAUGUAUUCAUCUAAUUUGUUGUCUCUUUUAAUUGGGAUGCCUGGAAACUACUCAAUGAUUGUUGAAGCAAGUGCUUUUUAUGGAUGUCCAAAUGAUAUCCAUAAAAUAACAGCUGAAGUUGGAGAAACUGUUUGUUAUUUUACUUUACCAGCUCAGAUCAAAUCUGAAAAUACAACAUUUAUAAUAUCUUUUCAUCUUACUGGCCCAGAUACAUUGAAAAAAGUUAGAAUUAAAUCAAUUGAAGGAAUUACAGAGGAGUUCACAGAAUUUUUAAAUCCAACAGCAUCGAUUUAUGUGGAAAUUGGUGGAAAUACUGAAACAGAUAGAUAUGAAGACUAUAAAGUUACAUUUAGCAAGAAUAAGCGAACAGCUGUUAUUGUUAGUCUUGAUCAUCAAAUAUCAUUUGCUGGUGAAAUAACAGGAUUUAGUGCUCAAAUCACUGUGCUUGGAGAUAUUAGAUUUUUGAUAUUAGAACCAUCUUGUAAUUUGUUAACCAAUGGGACUGCAAAGAAAAUGUGCUUUCUCACUAAAAAAUGUGUAGAACUAUCUGAUCCUUGCCCAAUCUAUUCUAAUGUUUAUUAUUCACCUGAUUUUAAUAAUAUUUUUUAUCCUGGUUGGAAUCAAUUUGGAUCUGCAAAUUCAAAGUUUCCAAAUAAUUUGACUCCUCGAUUAUCAUCAAACAUAAUGUUUAAACUUGUUUACAGCUUUCAAGUCAGUGCUGCAGUCUUAGGUCAGAAUGAUUUUGCAGUGCCAACUGAUAAACGAUUUACAACUUCUGCAGGUCAAUUUUUAGCAUGGAUGCCCGAUUAUAGUAAUAAUAAUCCUGGAGAUAUUGCUUAUAGUUCAAUUGAUUCAACAAGCCAGUUCCAAUCAAUUCACUAUAAGGAGGUAUUUUCUAUUUUCGAGGACCAAAUGUUUUUGGAUUACCAAUCUUCAGUUGAGAUAUCUGACACUGAGCAUAUGGUUAGCUUAUAUUUGGAAAUUCCAUCCAUUUAUUUUAUAGAACACACAGCUGACUAUCCUGAUGGAACUGAUUUUGUUGUAGAAGCUUAUGUAACAGAUUCAAAUGGUGCUGAAAAAAUGUUAUGUACUGCAAAGACAACUAUUGUAGCUGACAUAAAAAAUUUGUCAUUAUCUACUUUUGAUUUAUUAACAUAUGUAAUGAUAGAUAAAGUUGUUAUGUUUAAUGUCAGUGCAUUAUCAGGAACUGCAAAAGCAAACUAUGCUGUUUACUGGGAUAAAGAUGCUAGCAGGAAAGUUGAUGUUUAUGAUGAGAUAUUUAAUGUAUCAUAUUUUGGGCAUGUAUUUUCGAAGCCUGGUUCAUAUAAUGUACAUGUAAAAGCUUUUACUGAUUUGAGUUCUCAAAUAACAACUAAUCUUAUAAAUGUGGUUUGUGUUCUUUAUUUGCCAUCUUUUGUUAAUACAAAUGAGGUUUGGCAAAGUGAAAAAAUUAAACCUGUAAAAACAACUGAAGGUGAAGUAAGUGUUGAUGUAGCUUUAACUGGAUGUGGUCUGAUAACAAUCAGUUAUUUUCUUGAAAGCGAUACAUUGCAAAUCAAUGGCAGCUCAAUUCUAUGGCUAAGUGAAAAUUCUUUAUUUGUUAUAAAAUCAAAUCUUUUUCAAACCCAACCACAAACUCUUAAUAUCACUGUCUGUACCACUAAUAUAUUAGAAGCUCAUUGCAUAAAUGAACGAGGAUAUGUAGAGGAUCCAAUUGACAAUUUUGAAUUAGAUCUUACAACAAUGGAAACUAAUGUUGGUGGUUUCCUUAUUGUUUCAAAUAGCACAACCGGUACCAAUAAAACAUAUUGCUUUAAUUGGGGAGAUGGAAGUUCAACUUGCACUAAUGGAACUUAUGAUGUUAUAUCUGUUGAACAUAAAUAUCUUAAAUCUGGCAAUUAUACAAUAUCUGCUCUGGCUUUUAACCGAGUCAGUCAAAUGAAUAUUUUAGUUAUACAAGAAGUACAAGAUAGAAUAUCAAAGUGUACUAUUUCUGCUCAACCUACAAUCUAUAAUAAGUUAACUCAUGUUUAUUUUAAAAUUGAUCGUGGAACUGGAAUAAACAUUGUUUUAGAUUGGGGAAAACCAGAAUAUAAUAAAUACUUUUACUUCAAUAUUGAUGUUUUUGAAAAUUCUCUAACUAAUUUAAAAGAUUUUCCUUCAUUUGUAUUUCCAAUAAAACAAGACUACAAUGUUUGUUUAUUUCUUUCUAAUGAAAUCAAUGAAAAAAUAUGUUGUACUGUUGCAAUUGUAGAAGAUCAGAUUAAAGACUUUCAUAUAUCAGUAAAACAAGAGUUUGAGGGUGCAAAGAAGACUGAUUGGAUUGAGGAGAAUGAAAAUCUUAUUAUAAUGUCUAACCAUAACAAUGAAGCUAAACGUGUUCUUUAUAUGGUAAAUCUAGGAAAUGGAACUAUUUUUAACACUACCUACAAUGUUGUAAACGUAUCAUAUCCAUUUAGGAAUCUGUGUUAUAAUUAUUCAGUAAUUGCCACAAAUCCUGUUUCCCAAGCAUCCAGUUGGACUAAUAUAUGUAUUCAACGUCGUUUAAAUCCAAUAUAUUCUCCAAAAUUUGUUCAUGUUCCAACAAGUUCAAAAGAAGAAAUGUCAAUUAAGUUCACAUUUUUAUCAGGGAAUGAUUUUGAUUGUAUUUUUAAUUUUAAUGAUAAAAGUAAAGAAAAAACAUUCUCGGUUAGUUAUACUGACUUUAUUGGACCAAUUGGUUUUAUAGAGGCAAAACAUCAUUUUUCAGCGGGCGAAUACAAUGUGACAAUUUUUUGUACAAAUCGUCUUUAUGAUAUUUUUUUAUCUACAAUUGUUAUAUCACAGGAUCCUGUCAAUGAACCUCUGUUUGAAAUAAAAGGACGUUGUUAUAAUGGUAGCAUUUUUAAUGAUGUUGUGCCACAGAAGUUUUUCUCAGAUUUGUUUAUUAAUGCUUUUUGCAAUAUUAUAAUUAAUAUAGAGAAUCAACAAGGUUCUAAUGUUAGAGAACGUGGAGAUUUGAUUAUUGAAGGAAAAUAUAAAGGAACAUUUCCUGUAGUUAACAAUACAAUUGAAUUUCAAAAUAGUUUAUGGUCAGGAUUAGACAUGUGUAAUGCAGAGAUAUCUAUUAAUUCAUCUAACUUGGUUAGUCAAAUAAUAUCAAAGCUGAAAACAGUUAAACUUGUUGUGCCUGUUACGAAUUUCAAAGUAACAGUUGAAAGUGGUAUGCAUACAGUUGGCGUACCUAUAAUGUAUACAGUAGAGUUUUUGGGUCCGGUUCCAGGUAAUCCUUGUUUGUCUAUCAAUUUUCAAGAUGGUUCACCUGUUCAAAUUUAUGGUGGCUCAAAUUGUAAAAAUCCCUUAGACAGAUUCCCUAAUCCCUUUACUCGUUCAUAUGCUUUUCAAGCAAAAAAUUCAUAUUUAGUAACUUUUGUGGUAAGUAACCAAAUCUCAAGUAAGACUCAAAAGGUUGUAUUUCGUGUGCUUGAUUACCUUUGCUCAGCUCCACAAAUUAGAUUUGCAAGUUCUGCAGCUAUUAGUGAGGCAUCUCUGGACAGCAAUCAAAAGGCCUACUUUUAUAAAUGCAUGAAUACCACAUUUAAGUAUACUAUGAGAACAAACUGCACUAGACCAAAAACAGUUUUAGUAAAAAAAAUUAUUAUAGAAUAUAAAAUGAACAAUGUAACAUGGCGUAAAGAUGUUGAUGAGUUUUUAGAUGAAAAGUACAUUCUCAUUGGUAAAACUCUCAAAAAUUAUGGUAUAUAUCGAGUUACUUAUUUUGGGCAGAUGGUAGACAAUGUCACAAAAGAGGUUGUUGAAGAUACAAUAUCCAUGAGAAUAGGUUACUUCAAGGUUGUCCCUUGUCCUUUACAAUUAAUUAUUGCUGGUGGAUAUGAGAAAACAUUUCAGCGAGGAGAUGAAAUAGUAAUAGAUGCUACACGAAGUCAUGACCCUGACAGUGACAGCAAGCUUGAUGUUAAAUGGUUUUGUGCUCGCAGUGGUAACUUUAGCGGCUUAGAUAUUUAUAAAGUUAAAGAGAAAAAGAGUUACCCUGUGGUUGAUCCAAACACUUACAAAAGCGAAAAUUUUCUUUCAAAAGCAUGCUUUUCAAAUUCAGAAGGAUCAGCAAUACAAAUGAAUGAUAGAGGGUUAUUAUCACUAAAAUUGGUUCUUCUAAGUAAGUAUUUAUGGUAUUAUUGUUAUGAUUUGCGUUUGUUAAUCAUGAAACGUUAUGAUCCAUUCAAUCGCCAAGCCAUUGGAGAUGUGACAUUAUGUUUAACUGAAAAAGAACCCUUAUAUGUAUCUGUGAAAUGCGAACAAAAUUGUGAUGUCUUGAUUAAUCCCAGCUCAAAGUUUUCUAUAAGUUCAUCAAUUUCAAAUAAAGACAAAUGUGAACAAAUUAUCUAUAAUUGGAAAGUUUUACGUACCUUUAAAACUGGGCUGAACUGUACAUAUGAAGAUAUUACAGAAGAACUUAUAAACAAAUCAACAACAAAGUUUAACCAGCGUAAUUUUGUCCUCGGGCCUAAUUCUUUAAACUCAACUUAUCGAUACAAGUUUCGCGUUAACGCAUCAUGUUCAAAAGGGAUUUUAUCUGGUGCAUCAGGAGCAGCAGCAGAAAUAAAAGAUGUUAACAAUCCUCCAGAUGUAUCAAAGGCAACUUGUAGUGUGUAUCCUAAUAAUGGUUCUGUAGCUAAAUCAGAUUUUGUCAUAAAUUGUGAAGGAGUUGAAGAUGAGCAUUAUCCACUUUCUUAUGGUUUUCAAUACAAUUGCAAAGAUUCAUGGGCUUUUUUAACUACAGCAACAACAGUUUCAAAUGUUACAAGCGGCAAGUUUAAACUACCUCCAAGUAAAAAAGAAAGUGGUAAUUGUUCUUUACGCGUAAUUGCACGUGAUAGUUAUGGUGUUCAAUCUGAUCCAUUUCCAAUGAUACCAUUAGAAGUUCAGGUUUAUGGGACUCCUUCUGAAGAUCUGACUUUGAGCUUGAUUAGGGAACUAAAAUUGAGUAAUUUACCCAACGAACAAUCGUUGUUAGCAAACCGCAUUGUUGUUUUAUUGGAAAUGAAUAGUUCCAUUUCUCUUGAGAAUAAGGAAUUAAUAGGAAAUUACCUUCUUUCUGUUUGGAUCGACACCCCAGAGGAUGCUAACCUGGUUGUACAAAAUAUUCAAACUGAGGGAAAUGAUACAGUUGCUUUGAAAACCCUAGAUAAAGUUUUGGAUCAAUUUAAUAUGCUGAACGCCAAUGAGUUGUCUGACAUAUCUGUCCACAUUUUGGCAAAAACAUCUGCAUUAGGGGGUCGAACUACUAUGGCAUUUGCACUAAGAGUUGAGGAUCGCGUCUUCUCUUCUAUUGUUAAAACACUUGUUGUUGGAGAACCUGCUGCAAGUUCUAAAACACCUUUUGGUGACACACAUAUUUUGCAAAUAGAUGCUGGUGCUCAAAAAAUUGGCGGUUUCAGCUUACCUGAUUUAGGUGGUGGUGGAGCUAUUAACAGUGUCGGUUCAAAUCGUUAUCAAUUUGAUAAAGCUUCAAAAAAUGUAAAAGGAAAAGUUAAAGGUAUGGCUCUCACAAAACCUGAUGGGUCUCAAAAACAGCUUAAAAACCUUACAGAAAAAAUAAAGUUAGUUCUUGAAAAUGACGAAGUUCCGCCUCCAAUGAAGAACUUUACUGCUUACUGUGAGCUUUUGCGCAAUAUUCAUCAAGUUGAGUCCACUGUCAAUUCUUCUAUUAUUGUACUUAACAUUAAACCAACAGAUGAAAAUUUUACUGGAUUUUUCUUUACAUUUAUGAAUAAAGGAAGAUUUCCGUCUUUGUCUGAUAACCAGCAGAAUUGCACUCUUCCAAAUCCUUAUCCAGAAGAUUGGUACAGUUUGUCAAAAGAAAAACAAAGUUAUUGGGAGAGCCAAAAAAAAUGGACUUGUUAUUUCAGUGAAAACGAUCUAAACAAAACAGCUGUUGGAAUUUGGUGCAUAGGAGUCAUCUACUACAACAACACACAUCCUCUCACUAAAUUGUUGUUGCCAGCUUCAUCUACUCCUAGUGAAGAUAAUUGUUCAGCUGUAGGAUAUUUUUUUCAAGCAUAUACUCGUGCAUGCAUGUAUUGGGAUAAGCCUCUUAACACAUGGAACACAGAAGGAUGUGAGACUGAUGAAUAUGAAACAAAUAAUUAUCAAACUGUAUGCCAUUGUGAUCAUUUGACUGAUUUUGGAGGCGGUGGUCCAUUUUCGAAUGCUCAACCACCUGAUUUUGGUGCUCUUAAAAGGUUUGAUUUAGCAAGCAAUCCAACUGUUUUUUCAGUUGUUAUGGCAAUAAUAGGUUUAUAUUUGUUAUUACUUGUAUGGGCAAGAAAAAAGGAUAAAGGUGAUCUUGAAAAGAGCGAGGUGAUUUAUCUACCUGAAAACCACCCUAAUGAUAAAUACUUAUAUGAAAUUAUUGUAGAUACAGGAUUUAAAAAGGGUUGCUCAACAACUGCAGAUGUAGCAAUAUUGAUAACAGGAAGCAGAGGAGAAUCAGGACCAAGAAAAUUGUACAGUCCUAAUCGAAAAUGUUUUCAAAAAUCAGAAACUGAUAUUUUUAUCAUAGCAUUACCAGCUGAUAUUGGUGACCUAAAAGAAGUGGCAAUAUGGCAUAAUAAUGGUGGAGACUCUCCAGGAUGGUUUCUUCUAAGUGUUCAGGUUCGUGACAUGCAAACACAAACGCUAACUAAUUUUAUUUGUAAUCAAUGGUUAGAUGUCACUGAAGAAGAUGGCGCUAUUAUAAGAAAAAUUCAACCAUCAUCCCAAGAAGAUAUUACAGAAUUUAAUUAUCUUUUUUUUGUAACUAUGAUAAAGAACUUUUAUGAUGGACAUAUUUGGUUAUCAAUAUUUACAAGACCUUGUCAUAGCACUUUUACUAGAUGUCAACGUCUAGCCACAUGUAUGUCAUUAUUAAUGACAUCAAUGGUUGCUAAUGCUAUGUUCUAUAAAACAGCCACAGGACCCCCUUCUCCGUCAAUUUCUUUAGGUCCCAUGACACUUUCAAUAAACGAAAUGAAAACAUCGGUGGCCACUGCAAUAAUUGUAGUUCCUUGUAAUCUUUUGAUAAUCUUUCUGUUUAAAAAUGCUGGACCCCAAAAAAAAAGUCACUCAAAGUAUGAACUGAAUAAAAAAGAUGAAGUAACUUAUGCUGCAAGAAAAUCUAUUUCACUAGCAAAACAAGAACUGAUAGAUGUAAAAAAGUAUAAUUCUCGAGUUAAAUAUUUCCGAGCUUUAUUUUUCCAUGGUAAACAUGAUAACAUUGAAAAUAAACAUUUGCCUCAUUGGUUAAUUUAUAUUGCAUAUUUCAUAUCAUUUGCAUCAUCAAUAGCUAGCUCUUUUUUUGUGAUUGUGUAUGGAUUUACAUUUGGAAAAGUAACAUCUGACAAAUGGGUGGUCUCAAUGUUGUUUUCAUUUUUUCAUUCUGUUUUUUUUGUUCAACCAAUUAAGAUAGUACUGUUAUCAAUCUUUUUUUCUGUCUUGAAAAAAAUUCCUUCAACUAUUGGCAGAGAAUCUGUGAUUUACAAACCCCAAACAAGAGAAGAGGAAGAAAAUGAAAUUAAAGAGGUUCUUUUUUCUGAUCCAGAAGUUUUUAAACUCCCUGAUGAAAGAAGGUUAAAUGAAUUUCGUAUUGCACGGCUUAAGGAGAAGCGCAUUCAAUUGGUACUGAAAGAAGUGUUUAAUCAUUUUUCUUUUGUUAUACUGGUGAUAAUUGUAGCUUACUCUUCUGCUGAUCCUUCUUGUUUUUGGUUGUAUAAAUCCACUUUUCAGCUCUGUGCAUCAAAUGGCUUGAUUAAAGACUAUCAUUUUCCAAAAGGAAAAAUUGUUAUUAUACCAUCAGAUCCUUCUUCCGAAACUGUUAUUCCUGCAGCAGCAGAUGUGGCAACAAAUGAAGAUUGGUUUCUUUGGACACGCUACUCAGUUAUUGAGUAUUUAUUCCCUGAUGGCUGGUAUAAUAACAAAAUGAAAUAUCCUGCUGGUUUUAUUGCUGACUCUGCGUCAUCUAAAGUAUUAGCAAUGGCAAGGUUUCGUCAACUGCGUGUAUCACAAAAUUCUUGCACAAAGCAUCCUGUUUUUAAAUAUUUAAUAAAUGAAUGUAAUGCUGGAUACAGCUACUCUUCUGAAGAGACUCGUGAGUUUAAAGCUGGUUGGCUACCUCCUUUAAAUAAAACUGAAAGGUUUCGAAGAAGAAAAGGGAAAAAAAAAGCUGUGUGGAAAGGUCUUGAAGAUCCAUGGCUAUAUCAGACAACUGCUCAGCUGAAGAAUCCCUUUCCAUUUAGUGGUUUAAUAAAUACCUAUACUGGAUCAUCUUAUUCUGUUAGUAUUGGACCAAAUAAAGGAACAGCACUUAGAAUCUGGAGAAGUUUGAAAAAUAAUUUUUGGGUUGACAGAUACACCAGAGCUCUUUUUACAGAAAUAAAUAUUUACAAUGCCAACACUAAUCUUAUGUUAAUUGUGACAAUCUUACACGAGGUACUUCCUACUGGUGGUUAUGUUUACUAUUCAAACGUUCAAGCUUUACGUUUGUAUCGGUAUGUUGGUGGGCUUGGACAGCUGGUCAUAAUAUUUGAUUUGAUUUUUUUUGGUAUAACAAUAGUUAGUAUAUACAAAAUUGUUCGCUUAUCACGGAGGAUUAGUGUUAAGGAGUAUUUUUCCACUCUAUGGAAUGUUUUGCAUGUAAUUGUCACUGUUUGUUCAGUUUGUGUUAUAGCAUUUACACUGUGUCGCAUGUUGGCUGUAAACGCAGCAGUAGCAGAAUAUUUGUCUGAUCCUGAAGUGUUUGUUAGUUUUCAGUUUGUUGGUCAGCUAGAGUAUCUUACCAUUGGUUGUCUCGGUUUUAUUUUGUUUUUUACUAACCUUGAGUUUUUGCGAAUAUUGCGUUUCAAUCGACUAAUUUCUUUGCUUAGUAAAUCUGUGUCUACAAUGGGAGGUCCUCUCUUGUCUUUUGGAAUAAUGUUUUUAGUUUUGUUUAUGGCAUUUGUUACAUUUACUACUUGCAUAUACAUGGAUAAGCUAGAAGAUUUUCAAUCAAUUCCAAGAUCAUUCAUAACUAUGACAACGAUGUUUUUGGGAAAGAUAUCUGUUACAGAUUACUUUAAUAAUGCUCCAUUUUUUGGUCCAAUAAUGUUUGGAUCAUAUAUGCUGUCAAUCCAGAUGGUUAUGAUAAACUUAUUUGUUGGGCUGAUAUGUGAAGCAUUUACUGAAACAAACGAAGAGCCAAUAACACAAGAUGCGCCAAUGGUUAUUAGUUUUAUUUUUAAGAAGAUAAAAACACCAGGAAACAAAGCAAAUGAACCAGACCCAAUAUACUAUGAUUGGAAAGAUGAAUUUGAACAAAUGGUUGAAAAUUUAGAAAAUAGUUUUGAUAACUGCACAUAUAAAUUAAGAAACAUGGAAGCAGAAAUACACAGACAAACCAAGUUCUUUGACCAGGAAGAGGAAAUAAAAAACGAGUUGUUGGUUGCAAUAUUGGGCCUUGAUUUUUUUGAUUCUGAAGUUGAGUUUUUCGAUGGAUUGACUACUCUUGAAAAAAAACUGCAAAGUAUGACUGUUGAAGAUGCUAAGCUUUUUCUAAAACAAGCCUCCGUCAUGCGUUUAAUUGCUUCGCAACAAAAUGAUGGUGAAGAUUAGAAGUUUCGACAUGUUUGUUUCGACGUAUUUUCGACGUGUUUAUAAAUAUGCGAAAGUUUUGUUGAUACAUAAACUUUUUAUUUUAUAAAUAUUUUUGCCUAGAUAUGUUUAUACUUUUGCGAAAACCAUCGAAAUUAUCAAUAAAAUAUACUAUUUUAUUGCAAAUUUUUUUAUUUACUUCUUUUUUAUUUUUGUUUUGAGUCUCAUCUUGUAGUUUUAUUAAAUUUUGCAUUAACUUUUUUACUUUAUUUUAAAGACAAAUUAUACCUUAUCAUACACUAUGUAACAUACAAUUAUACACCGCUAUAGACCAUGUAACAUACAAAUGUAAAUUUAUUGUUUUAGCUGUUAAACUGCUAAAAAGGUUCCGUUCCAA